AUGGAUAAUUUACUCAAAGGUGAAGCUGACAAUUACGAUGGUGUUACUGUUACCAUCUCCGAAGCCAUGGAUGCUCAGGUUUUUACAGAAAAGCUUAAAGCUUCGCUUUCGAUUUGGAAAGAGGAGGGGAAGAAAGGGAUUUGGUUAAACCUGCCUCUUAAAUAUGCUAAUCUUGUGGAGCCUGCAGUUAGUGAAGGGUUUAGAUACCAUCAUGCUGAGCCUGAAUACUUGAUGCUUGUAAGUUGGAUCUCCGAAACCCCGGAUACAAUCCCAGCCAAUGCUUCUCAUGUUGUAGGUGUUGGUGCUUUGGUCUUCUGCAAGAAGACUGGAGAGGUCCUCGUUGUCCAGGAAAAGAGUGGUUAUUUCAAAGAUAAGAAUGUGUGGAAGUUGCCUACUGGUGUUAUCAACGAGGGUGAGGAUAUUGGCGCAGGAGUAGUUCGGGAAGUGAAAGAAGAAACUGGUGUUAUUGCAGAUUUCGUCGAAGUGUUGGCUAUCAGGCAAAGCCACCAAGCAUUCUUGAAAAAGAAAUCGGAUAUAUUUUUCCUGUGUGUGUUAAGCCCCCGCUCCUACGAAAUCACUGAACAAAAAUCUGAGAUCUUGAAUGCUAAGUGGAUGCCGGUCCAAGAAUAUGUAGACCAACCGUUUAACCAGAAGAAAGAGAUGUUCAAGCUCAUGGCUGAAAUCUGCCAAAAGAAGUGCGCCGGAGUGUAUUCGGGAUUCUCCACUGUGCCAAUUUCCACAUCAACUGGUAAGCAGAGCUUUAUCUUCUGCAAUGCUGAUCAUGCUGAUCGCGUUCGUGUCCGUGCCUCCACGUCGCUCUGA